AUGGCGGUCGUGGACGCACUUCUGCAAGCUUUCAAACCGAUCUUCCAAGAAGCGAUCGAACAAGCGGUCGAACAAGCAGUGGAACGAGCGGUUGAACGAGCGGUCGCGCCGCUGCAUCGGGAAAUCGCCCAGCUUCGCCUCGACGUUCAGAAGCUUUCCUCGCCUACAGAGUCGCAGUUGCUCGCUCAUCUACAACCAUCAUCUGAGAAUACGCGUUUGGCUGGUACAGGGUUACGUACGCCACCAACGUCUCCUCCGUCGUCGCAGCCGGUCGAGCAAAGCAAGCGGCCGUCUACCGCUCCUGAACCCUCCGCCAAUCCCUCCACAAGAUCUACCAUUACCCAGAUCGGGAGGUUCACAUGGCAUCCAUCCGCGGCACCUCUCAUCGCUGAGACGAAGCUAUUCCAGGGCAGCGUCUACAAGAAUCUAAUUGGAGACCCAAUCUCGAUACUCCACCAGGCAUUUUCCGCCAAAGACGUCCUGCAGCUACUACAGAAACCUUCAUAUCAAAGGCCACUGCCCGUGAUUGAGGUUCAGGUCUCGAACGCAGUCGAGAGCGUCAGGCAGCAUCGCGGUUACCGAAACGGCAGAGAGCUAGGCCAGCUCCUGCUCGGUCUUUCAAAGACCUUCAGAUCCCUUCUCAGCGAUUCGAAGAUCAGUAUUCCUCCCAGGAAACUGAAUCUCCUUGGCAUGCUCGUUGAGCGUCAGUGUGCCACAUUCGCCCCGAUGCUGCCCUCCAUCGACAGCAAGAAGGUCUACAACCGGCGCUUGAAGUCUGUCAAGCUAUUGCUACAGUUUGUCAAGGAGCGCAAGAUGGAACGCGCAGCUCAGCAGAUUGUUGCGCCCCUCGCGCUCAGGCUGAAGGCAUGUACGACUGAGGACGCGCUUGUCGUCUACCGUCCGACCCCGUAUCUCUUGCGAACCCGCAAACCGCUUGGCCUGUUGACAUUGCCUGGCUGGACGUCUCCGCCUAUUCCCGCGAGGCACGCUGUAGAAGAGGAGGCUGAGGAUGCCCUGGCUCGGGCAGGUGCCAAGCGCGCUGACGACGUACAGCACCCCGAGACUCUCCAGGAUUCGGGAUCCGCAGGCCGCCUAUUCGCAAAUGCUGGCACCGGCACCGGCUCCAUGGAUACAUCUGCACCACCUGAUGGCAUGGUUUGGGUCGCCACAGAGAACGACUCUCCUGAUCACAAGAUGAGCGAUGCCCGGCAGGACCAUAAUGAGCUGAAAGACUCUAUGAUGGCCGAUACAUGCGAUGCCCCGCUGGGUCACAAAGGGGUGAAAGACGCCACGAUGAGCGAUGCCCAGCAGGACCGCAAUGAGCUGGAAGACUCCAUGAUGGGCGAUACAUGCGACGCACAGCCGGGUCACAGAGAGGUGAAGGACGCCACGAUGAGCGAGGCAUAUCCUCGCCAGGAGCUCAUUCUCGCAAACACAGGCACUUCUGGGACUCAUACUGGCGGCACUAUAAGCGAAGAGAUCGAGAUGACCGACGACACUUGGAGACCUUCGGGCUCCUCGGCAGAUUGCAACCUCUAUCCUCUAUCAGGCGACGACCUCAAAGUAUGGCUUCGCUCAUAUAUCAAGGGCUAUGCCGGCAAAAUGGAUGAAGUGGUUGCGCAGUAUCCGUGGCUUGCGGCCUUUCGCCUCGAGCACAGUCCAGGAGUGCUCGACGCCGUUGUUGAGCACUACGAAGAGGCAUUCGCCACACACACGUCUGUCAUAGAUCAAGGUUUUGUUGCGGCCUUCAACAAGAUCAAUGGUUACUUCGCAGACUGCCUCGGUAAAGAUGUCGACGUGACUACCAAGUACCCUCACGGUCUUACUCCCCGACCAACUAUAUGGCGGCUUCGGCAUUGGCUCAAGACCGCUAACUCCGCCUUGAGAGACCUCCAUGACCGAAGCCUGAAGCUGUGGACAGUGAACCACCUCGACCGCCGUGAGCGUGUACGGGCGCUGAGUGAACUGUUCCGACAGCUGACAGACACAAACCUACGCCUAGUGCUCUUCAACGCAAGUACCAUGAGCAUGCCGCUAGCACUUUCGGAGCACGGGCAAUUCCGCUUGCCGGAAGGCAUCCCAGCGUCUUGGGAUAUGAUGGUUAAGAUGGCCGUGGAGAUUGAGACAGGGCAGUCUGACAAAGCGAUGAAAGAGGCAAGCACCAACACGAAUCAAUUGAAGACAGCGCGCUACAAGGAGUUCAUGGCCAAGUUCCAAGGGUCCUUUACAGAGGAAUACAAGUACGUCCAAGAGUCGGCAAAGGGAGCCACGAGCAAAAACCGCAGGUUUAUCUACGAUGAUGGCGUUCGCAACCUUUCGAUGUUGUAUCGCCGACGAAGCCUAGAGCCCACUAUCUCACAACUUCAGCCUAGCGACGACGUCGAGUUUAUCAGCGUUGAGGACUCAGUUCGCAAUGAUCUGGUACAGGAGAUGUUCAUGAGGCUCAAGAUGGAGCACGACACUUGGGAACUGCGAUAUGGGGCGAUGCUCACGGAUGCCCAGCUCGAGCAGGCGGCGCAGGGGCUAGAAUUAAAGGCGGCGAACGCAGCCGACGAUAAUUUGCCGGACCCGAAUACCAUGCUAGUAACACUGUUGGAUGCGGAAGUCUACGAAGGCGUACGAGCACAGCUGCUACAGCAAGCGAAACGUCACCCACUACGUUUCCUCAAGAGCACGGCGGAAGAAUUCUUCAACAUGCGGUUCGACCAACCCAAUCCAAACCAGCAGAUGCCAGGCCCUAACACCCAGCGCUAUGUUAUGAGGGAUUACUACAGCAAGAGUGUUUGCACAGAGGAGGAUGUGAAGCUAUUGCGGGAAACGGAAGAGCCGAAAUGGCUGCUUAUGACUGGCGAGGGCUAUCUGCGACCGCGAGUUUGA